UUAUGAACGAGCCAUGAGGCGGCUGCGGCGCUGGGCGGUCGCGGCGCUGCUGCUGCUGCUGCCGCUGCUCCCCGCGCCCGGUCUUGGGACCCGGGGUUCUGCUGGAGCUCUGCGUUGGAGGGUCUCACCCCAGUUGUGGGGCCCAGAAGCUGCUGAGGUCACAGAGCCCAGCCGUCUGGUUGGGGAGAGCUCCGGGGGAGAGGUCCGAAAGCAGCAGCUGGACACCAGGGUCCGCCAGGAGCCACCCCGCGGCCCGCCUGUGCACCUGGCCCAGGUGAGUUUCGUCAUCCCAGCCUUCAACUCCAACUUCACUCUGGACCUGGAGCUGAACCAUCACCUCCUCUCCUCUAAAUACGUGGAGCGCCAUUUCAGCCGGGAGGGCACAACCCAGCAUAGCACUGGGGCUGGAGACCACUGCUACUACCAGGGCAAGCUCCGAGGGAACCCGUACUCCUUCGCCGCUCUCUCCACCUGCCAGGGGCUGCACGGGGUCUUCUCUGAUGGGAACUUCACCUACAUCGUGGAACCCCGGGAGAUGGCCGGGCCUCGGGAAGCCCCCCAGGGGCCCCUUCCCCACCUCAUUUACCGGACCUCUCUCCUCCCAGCCCCCACCAGAUGCAGGGAACCAGACUGCCUGUUCGCUGCCCCUGCCCGUUCUGCUCCUCCGAACCGGCCGAGGCUGAGAAGGAAAAGGCAGGUCCGCCGGGGACACCCCACAGUGCACAGCGAGACGAAGUAUGUGGAGCUGAUCGUGAUCAACGACCACCAGCUGUUCGAGCAGAUGCGACAGUCAGUGGUCCUCACCAGCAACUUUGCCAAGUCUGUGGUGAACCUGGCAGAUGUGAUGUACAAGGAGCAGCUCAAUACCCGGAUAGUGCUGGUUGCCAUGGAAACAUGGGCAGAUGGGGACAAGAUCCAGGUGCAGGAUGACCUCCUGGAGACCCUGGCCCGGCUCAUGGUCUAUAGGCGGGAGGGCCUGCCUGAGCCCAGCGAUGCCACCCACCUCUUCUCGGGCAGGACUUUCCAAAGCACCAGCAGUGGGGCUGCCUACGUGGGAGGCAUCUGCUCUCUCUCCAGGGGUGGGGGUGUGAAUGAGUACGACAACAUGGGCGCCAUGGCGGUGACUCUGGCCCAGACCCUGGGGCAGAAUCUGGGCAUGAUGUGGAAUAAACACCGGAGCUCAGCAGGGGACUGCAAGUGUCCGGACAACUGGCUGGGCUGCAUCAUGGAGGACACUGGGUUCUACCUGCCUCGCAAGUUCUCGCGCUGCAGCAUCGACGAGUACAAUCAGUUUCUGCAGGAGGGCGGCGGGAGCUGCCUCUUCAAUAAGCCCCUCAAGCUACUGGACCCCCCUGAGUGCGGAAACGGCUUCGUGGAGGCGGGGGAGGAGUGUGACUGCGGCUCUGUGCAGGAGUGCAGCCGAGCGGGCGGGAACUGUUGCAAGAAAUGCACCCUGACUCACGACGCCAUGUGCAGCGACGGGCUUUGCUGUCGCCGUUGCAAGUACGAACCGCGGGGUGUGUCCUGUCGAGAGGCCGUGAACGAGUGCGACAUCGCGGAGACCUGCACCGGCGACUCGAGCCAGUGCCCCCCUAACCUACACAAGCUGGACGGUUACUACUGUGACCAUGAACAGGGCCGCUGCUAUGGAGGUCGCUGCAAAACCCGGGACCGGCAGUGCCAGGCCCUUUGGGGCCAUGUGGCUGCUGAUCGUUUCUGCUACGAGAAGCUGAAUGUGGAGGGGACAGAGCGUGGGAACUGUGGGCGCAAGGGGUCAGGUUGGAUCCAGUGCAAUAAACAGGAUGUGCUCUGUGGCUUCCUCCUCUGCGUCAACAUCUCUGGAGCUCCUCGGCUGGGGGACCUAGGAGGAGACAUCAGCAGUGUCACCUUCUACCACCAGGGCAAGGAGCUGGACUGCAGGGGUGGCCACGUGCAGUUGGCCGAUGGCUCGGACCUGAGCUACGUGGAGGAUGGCACGGCCUGUGGGCCCAACAUGCUGUGCCUGGAUCACCGCUGCCUGCCAGCCUCUGCCUUCAACUUCAGCACCUGCCCAGGCAGCGGGGAGCGCCGCAUCUGCUCCCACCAUGGGGUCUGCAGCAACGAAGGGAAGUGCAUCUGUCAGCCAGACUGGACAGGCAAAGACUGCAGUAUCCACAACCCCCUGCCCACAUCUCCGCCUACCGGGGAGACGGAGAAAUAUAAGGGUCCCAGUGGCACCAACAUCAUCAUCGGCUCCAUCGCCGGGGCUGUCCUGGUUGCAGCCAUCGUCCUGGGCGGCACGGGCUGGGGAUUUAAAAACAUCCGGCGAGGAAGGUAUGACCCGACCCAGCAGGGGGCAGUGUGA